CAAAUCUGACAACUACACCAUGGAGCGGAUAAGCGCCGGAGCGGCGUGGCUUUCUUCUGAGCUCGGCUUCCAAACAGCCUUGCACGCUCCGCGAGAUGUGCAUAUUAUUUUUCUCACACGGUUCCUUCGCAUGUUUGCCUACGGCUCUGCGGCCCUGAUUUUGGCGCUGCAUUUCUCAGCCUUGGGCAUUUCCGAUACGCGCAUCGGCUUAUUUAUGACUCUGACGCUGCUCGGCGAUGUUGCUAUCAGCUUGCUGCUCACACUUGUGGCUGACGGGCUUGGCCGGAGGCGCAUCUUGCUUUUCGGUUGCGCGUGCAUGACGCUGUCCGGCCUCGUCUUCACCAUCUGGAGCAAUUAUUGGAUUCUCCUGCUGGCGGCAAUUAUUGGAGUAAUCAGCCCUUCGGGCAAUGAGAUCGGCCCAUUUCGCGCAGUGGAAGAGAGCACGUUGGCGCAUAUCGUGGCCGAGAAAGAGCGUAGCGACAUUUUCGCCUGGUAUGUCGUGCUGGGGACCAUCGGCACAGCGAGCGGCUUCGCCACUUGCGGAUGGAUGGUGGAACGAUUGCGCGUCAAGCAAUGGGACGAUGUUGAUGCUUAUCGGGCGGCAUUCUGCCUUUAUGCAGCUAUUGGGCUGAUCAAGGCAGGACUGACACUGCUCCUCAGCCCAGCAUGCGAAGCGCAGAUUGAGAAUAAGAAAGAUACAGAGGAAGUGGGGAGACAUGAUGAACAGCAAGAGUCGCUCCUGCAACACGGGGACAACGCAGAGGACGAGGACGAGUCCCCACCGCGGAGCGACCCGCCGCGACCAACGGCAACGAAAUCCAAAUACAAGCUCGCACAACUGUCCCCGGAAACCCGCUGGGUGCUCUUCAAGCUCUGCGCACUCUUUUUCGUCGACAGCCUCGCCUCAGGCAUGGUCCCUCACUCUCUGACAAACUUCUACAUGGACCGGAAAUUCCACCUCCCCAAAUCCAGUCUCGGAACCAUCAUGAGCGUCAUCAGCUUCUUCUCCAGCACCAGCACCAUUUUCGCCUCAGCCAUAGCCAAGCGCAUUGGUCUCGUCCGCACAAUGGCUUUUACGCACCUGCCAUCCGCCAUCUUCCUCAUGCUUUUCCCCGCGCCUUCCACUCUGUGGCUCAGUGUCGUUCUGCUGGCGGCGCGUGCGGCGCUCGCAAGCAUGGACCAGGCGCCGCGGUCCGCGUUCUUGAGCGCUGUCGUGCUGCCCGAGGAACGCACGGCGGUUAUGGGCAUCGUUAACGUAGUUAAGACGCUGAGCCAGAGCGGAGGGCCCAGCUUGACGGGCGUGCUGGCUGGAAAUGGCCGCUUCUGGGUCGCGUUUGUGAUGGCGGGUGCUAUGAAAACGUGCUAUGAUAUUGGCUUGUUGACGUUUUUCUUGGGCCAUGAUGUUAGUGGACGGAGUAAAGAUCGGCAAGAUGAGCAACAAGGCCAGGAAUUGCAGAGUCCGAGAAAUUCUGAUGUCAGCUUGGGGAGCUUGACCCCGCCGUCUGAAGAUUUGGAAGAGGUAGGAGGAAAGCCUGGUGGCGGCAAGGUUACCUUGUAGCUGCUGGGGCAAACGAAAUAGAGAAUCAAGCUAUCUAGAUUGUCAAUUAUGUCAAGAGAGCCAUUUACUGUUCCAAAGCAGGUUUACUCAUCGAAAAAAUCAGCGUAAGUGGAACAAGAGUUCGAUUUAAGAUAAAGG